CAAAUCUUUUUUUUACAACGAACGACUAUUUUAUUAUUCAUAUUUGAGGUAGUCUAGGUAAACAAACCGGAAUAGAAUAAUUAAUAAAAUAAAAUCCACUUUAACUUAGAGGAUAAUUCUACUAAAAUUUACAAUCGGGUUACAAAAAAAUAAAAAUAAGAGAUAUUCACAGGACAAUAUUUUUUGGAGAAAACCAAAUUACAAAAACUUUAUUCAGAAAAUAACAAGAAAUGAGUGGCAGAAAAGUCAGGAAAAUCUUGUAUAAAGUCCCGCGAGUGCUGUUCACUUUAAUGCAUAGAGAAAAAAUAAACACAAAAUAAGUGUGAGAAAGAAAGAAAGAGUCUCUCUUGAGUCUUUAAGUCAUGCAGCUCAAAUCAUCAUCAUGUUCAUCAUCUUCUACUUCUACUUCAACACCGUCCAUGAAACUCAAAACCCUAAUCCAAAAUCUCCUCGCACACCCUCUCUACCGUUUCCUUAGAGCUGUCUCUAGAGCUAAAUCAAUCUUUCUAGAGAUCUCUAAACACAACAACAAGAAACGAAAGCUUACGAUGUUUUAUCCAAGAAAGGCUUCAAAGAAUCAACGAAAGAUCUUUUUCGGAUCGUUCAGGUUGCAUUACAACUGGUGUUCCUCUGAUGUUGUUCCUGUCCCUCAGCCUCUCCCUUUUUCUGUCUCUGACUUCAAUGGUGUAGAAGAUGAUGAAUCUCAGCUCUCUGGCUACCUCGAGUGGCUUGAGCACAAGAAGGUAGAGGAUUUGGAAGAGAUCAGAGAUGUCGGAGAAGUGGAUGAUGAUAAUGAUAUUGAUCAUUUUGCAGGCAGAUAUGUUCAUCGCUAAUUGCCACAAGAAGUUCUUGCUCGAGAAAGUGGAAUCUUAUAGGAGAUUUCAAGAAAUGCUAGAAAGGAGUUCGUGAAUUAUCAGAUGUCAAACAUAGAUUUUGACUUUUUUUUUUCUAAAUUAAUAAUCGUGUUGUAAAAUCGUAGCUAGUUUGAUUUGAUAAUAUUGCCAAAAGGUGGUGAAAGUGUAUCUUCAAAGUUUUGGGGGGGGGUAGUAAUGUGGGUAGUCAGUGAAACAUGAUAAUGUAAUAAGACAAUAACUAUUGCUGUCCAUCUAACUGGGCACAUUUAGUUAAGUUGUGAGUUUUGAUUA